AUGGGAAAUUCAAGCGUAAAGGAAAGUUUUAGGGAAGAAGAAAAUGUAGAAGAACUAAACAAACGUAAUGAAUCAGAAAAAGAAGAAAAAAAAAAAUCUAGCAUCUUUAUCGAAGACAAUAUAAUAAAUAUGUACAUUGAUGAAAACAAUUUUAGUGAUCUGUUUAAACUAAAUGAUAUUUCCAAUUAUAUUUUUAGUGGUGGGAAAGAAGAAGACACUAAAGAUAUAAAAAUAGAAACAAAUAAUGAAGUGAAUGAUAAAAGAACUAUUGAAGAAAUUAUUAAUAGUAAUAAUAAAUAUGUUAUUGAUUUUGUAAAUGGUCAUAUAAAAAAUUCAAAAAUAGAAAUAGCUAAUUUUAUUUCAUUUUAUGAUUUCUUUUUAAGUGCUCAAGAGGAGGCAAUAAAUAGUUCGGUAGAAAGUGGAGGACAAACUGAUGAGCAAAAUGAAAAGAAGAAUGACGAUAAAGAUAUACUAAAUCAAAGAUGUAUAUAUAAACAGAUUAGAAAAUCUAGAAACUACAUAUCUACAGAGAAUGAAAAUAUGUGUAUUAGAAAUUACUUGAAUCAUUUUGAUUCUAGGAUGUUUCCAAUAUAUCAAAACAUUCCAAUGAUGAAAAAGGAUGAAGUUGCAGAUCAGUUUGAAAAUAAUGAUAAUGUGAUAAAAAAAAAAGAUAAAAGUAAAUAUGAAAAAGGGAAAUUAUAUUAUCUAAUUGAAGAAAAUGUAAAGAAUAUGUUGUUUGAUGAAAGACGAGAGAAAUCUCAUAAGAUGUAUGGAAAAAAAAUGUUAAAGUCUAGAAAUAAUGAAAUAGAUAUAAAUGAAAAUGUAAGUUAUGAGCAAAAGAGAGUUAGUAGGAUAGGAGAAAAAUUUACAAAAAUAAAAAAAGAAAAAAGAAUGAGCUUAAAUAAGGGUAAUCAUAAAGUAGGGGUUAAAAAGGUUGAUGAAUCUUAUUUAAUUAAAGAUGGUGAAGUAGAAAAUUCAAGUAAUGAAAUACGAGGUGAAACAAAAAUGAGUUUGUAUACAUAUUAUAUAAAAAGAGGGUUGCCAAAAAUAUUUAAUAAAAGGAAAGGAAAUAAAAAUAAUGGAAAAGAUGGGAAAGAAGAUAAAAAAAAAAAAAAUUUAGGAAUAUCAUUUUCACCUGCAGGAUUGUUAAUACCUUACCAUUUAGGUGUUAGUAGUUUACUUGUUGAAAAAAAUAUAAUUAAUGUAAAUACAAAUUUAGGUGGUUCAUCUGCAGGUUGUAUAUGUGCAUGUUGUUUAGGGAUAGGUAUAAAUAUAUAUAAAUGUUUAAUUUUAGCAGAAAAUAUUAUUAAAAAUGCACAUAUAAAUGGAUGUUAUAGAAAAUUAGAAAACUUAUUAAGUAUAGAAUUAAAUAAAUAUAUAUAUAAAGAUAGUUAUAAAUAUUUAAAUGAUAGAUUAGGUAAUAUAUUUGUAGGAAUAACUCAAAUAUUACCAUAUUAUAAAAGAUUAAAUAUAAAUGAGUUUUAUGAUGAUUCAGAUUUAAAAGAUGCAAUUAUAGCAUCAUGUAAUAUUCCUAUGUAUAUAUCUAAUAAUAUUUUUGCAAAUUUUAGAAACAAAAAAUGUAUUGAUGGUUUCUUUAGUACAAAGAAAAAGGAUUUUGGUUGUCCUAAUACAAAAACAGAGAGAAUUAUAAAAGUAUCACCAUUUGAUUCUGAAUAUGUAGGUAUUGAAAAUAAAAAUAAUAGUGUAAUAAGUCCUCAACUAAAUAAGUAUAAUCAUAUUAUAUUUGUAUUUAUUUCUAUUAAAAAUUUAUAUAAUAAAUUUAUUAAUAAUAUAUGGGUUGAAAAGGAAUAUCUUUUUUUAAUCCAGAAUUUACGUAAAAUAAUGAAUGAAAAAAUAUUUGAUUAUACAAAUUUUAUGAAGCAAUAUUUUUUACCUAUGUCUAAUUUUUCAAAAAAGUUUAAAAAUAAAUCAGAUAGUAUAUUACAAAAAAAAAGUAAAUAUAGUAAAGAAGAGAUAAUUAUAAAUAUUCAAGAAAGACUUGAAAAUUACUUAUCAAAUUCUUCGGAUGAAAACUUGAUGCGAAUAAAUAUAUUUCUUAAAACAUAUGAAGAAAUAAAUUUAAAUUUGUAUAAACAUAAUUAUAAUGUUUCAUGUUUAUAUAAAUUUUGUAUAAUCUUAAUUAAUAUAAUAAAUAAAUAUUUUAUAGAAAGUUUUAAUAAUACUUACUUAGUUACCCUUUUGAUAAAACUUAAGAUGGAGCCGUUUAGAGAAAAGGUAGAUAGAUGUCAUGAAGAUACUGCAAAUAAGUUAGAAAACCGCAUCGAGGAAAUUUUUGAUUAUAUAAAGAGUCAUAAUUAUUUGAAAGCAAAUAGAUUCAUUGUUCUUUUUCCUCAAUUAAUAAGCCAAGUUAUUUUAUUUUUUUUUAAAGAAAGUUUUUGCAAUGAAAAUAUAUUGAAUGAUCAUCGAAGAUACUUAAAAUCAAAGAUAUUAAAUAUGAUAGAUAUAUUGAAGAAUAUGUUUUUAAUUGAAUUUGUAAAGAGAGGAAUAAAAAAAUAUGUUUUAUCUUACAAUUUAGAAAAUGAUUAUAAGAAUGAAUUUAAUUUGGGUAGUUCUCAUAAGAUUAUACACUUUUUAAAAUAUAGACAUAUAUAUAUAAAUUAUAUAUAUAUAGUAAAUGAAAUAAAAAAUUCAAACAAUAAAAUAUUAAAAAUUAAUGAAUAUAAUUAUUAUAAUUUUAUAAAUAUAAAUAAAGAAGAUAUGGGUGAUUAUUAUAUAUUUAUGUACAUUUAUUUAUAUGCAAUUAUUUUUUAUAAAUGUGCAUUUUUAUUAUCUAAUGAAGAGAAAGAGAUGUUUGAAAAACCUAGCAUUUAUUUUUCUACUCAAACUCAAAUUUCAGAACUAAGGAGAAUACACAAUGAUAUUAAUGAAUCAAAUGAUAGUUCGAUAUAUAGUAAAAAUAGGAAUAAUAUAAAUUCUUAUUCAUUAUUAAAUAAUGAUUUAAAAAAAGAAAAUGUUGGUGCUUUAAAACUAGCCACAAAGAAUUUUGAGUCAUGGGUGUCUCUUAAAUUUCACAAAGAUAGUGAUACAGAUGUGAGAGAUGCUGACCCCGUUUUGGGUGGCUAUAAUGUUGUAGAAAAUUAUAAAAGUAAUAGCAUAAAAAUGGAACGUAGCUCAAUCAGUGGCAACUAUUCAAAUGGAAUAAAAAAAAGAGAGGUUAAUGAAAAUAAUAAAAUUGGAAAUUCAAAUAAAUUAGAGGAUCGAAAAUAUGAAGACAAAUUUUCCAAAAUGAGUAACUUUCUAAUUUUCAAUAAUAAUUAUGCACGUGUUAAUAAAUUAGAAGAAUAUAUUUAUAUAAAUAAAAAAAAAAUAUUGGAAAUGAAUAUAAAAAACAAAAAUGAAAUAAUAUCAAACAUAUAUAGUAUAUAUGUAUGCUAUUGUGAUGUUAUAAGUUUAUUGAAAUUUGUAUUGAAUAUAAACUUUUGUGAAAAAACACGAUAUACAUUUUUAAAGAAAACAAAAGAUUCGAAAAAGAAAGUUGAAAAAAUGGCACAAAAUAAAAAAAAAAAACAAAAAAAUAUAAAACAUAUUUCAAUAAAUAAAUGUAAUAGUGAUAGUAAUAUAGCUUGGGCAAAUAUAGAUAAUAAUUUUUUUGAUGAAAAUGUUAAUAAAAAUAUGGAUUCAAAUGAAAUGAGUAAUUAUAGUUUUUGUAACAGUUUUAAUAAUAGAAGUACAACAUUUGAGGAAUGGUUACCACAAGAGAGCUACGAAAUAGAAAAAUCCAUUUUUAAUGAAAAGAAAGAAGAUGAAGAAGAUCAAACAUAUUUUAAAAAUAAAAAAGAAGACAAAACGAGUGAAAGUGAGAGAAUAAAAGAUAAUUCAGAAUAUUUAUUAUUAGGGAAAAAAAAUAAAAUGACUAUUUCAUACUCUGAUACAGAAUAUAAAAAAAAAAUAAGUAAUAAAAAAAAUGGAUCAAAUAUAGACAAUUUUCUUAAAGAUUUUAAAACAAAUAUAAAUACAGAACUAUUUGAUACAUAUAAUACAUAUUUUAUAAAAAAUAAAUUUCCUAUAAGAAAAUUAUUUAGAAUGUUACUUGAAGGUACCAAUGAUAAAAAUAUAAAAAGACUUUAUGACAUGGGAAGAAGUGAUACAUAUAUGUGGCUAUAUGUUGAGUAUAUAAAUAUGAGCAUUUAUUUAUUUAAAAAAGUAUACUCUACAUAUUUAAAUAUGAUUUACUAUUUUCAAUCAUUAUUAUAUUUGACUAAUAUUAAUUUAAAAAAAAAAAAAUACGAAGUUUCAAAUAUGCUUAAUUCAGUAGAAAAUGUGAUUUUGUAUAUUAACGGGGUUGAGUUUAAUAUUUUUUCACUUUGUAGAUAUAUUUCAUUUUUCCUGAACAGUUCAGGUAUUUUUGGUGUUAAUUUCGCUAGCUACCUGAAUAAGCAAGAUAAAAAUGUGUGUGUGCGUAAUGAUAAAAAGGCUAGUAUAAAUAAAAGAUUAUCAUGUGAACAUUUGGGACCAAAAAAAAGUGUUAAGUUUGAUGAAACAAAUGAAUUAGUAGGCAAAAAAAUUGGAGAGAAAUUAAUAAAAGAUAAUAAGAUAUUAACAAAACUUGGAAAAUGGAGUAAAAAGAUAGUAGAUCGAAAUAAUAAUUAUUAUGAAAAAAAAAUGAUGAAAAAAAAAAAAAAAAAAGAAAAAAGACACAAAGGAAAAAUAACAUAUAGGAGUAUAAGUUUACCAACAAAUUUAAAAAAAACGGUUUUGAAAAUGACCAAUUUAAGAAACAAAAUAAAUUUAAAUAAAAAUAUAAUUGAAGGAAUAAAUAAUAAUUUUUUAAAAAAUACACCAUAUGAGCAUAUAUAUAGUCAUACAAAUUUUUGGCUAUACUCUUCUUCGGAAGAUAGUAGUGAUGAGCAUAAAAAAAAUAUGAAUGAAUUUUGGAUGAGUAAUAAUAAAAAUCCUAAUACUCAAUUUGAUGAUAUAUUUGAUGAGAUAUCAGAAGAAAUGGAUACUUUUUCAGUAAUUUCAAAUUUUAUUAAAACCUUUAAAAAUAUGGAUAGUAAUAAUUUGAAUUUAUCGGGUUAUUUUGGAUUUUAA